AUGGAAGUCGCCGAGAGUACAGAGCCUGCGGUGGUGGGUGCGCCACCUGGGAUGGACACUACAAUCGCCAAUGGGGAACAGAACCUUCUCCUAGACGAUUCGAUAAUGGGUGACGACCGAUCGAGUAGCCUUAGUGAGAUUGAUGAUGUGUCCGAAAAUAUACCAUCCGAUUAUGAGUCUCCCAAGCCGGAACGGGUGGCACCGGAAAAUGACUCGGAAGCGGAAACAGAGCGCAUCGAGGACUCCCCAAACUUCCGUUCCAAAACAAACAUUGUCGUGAGUGCAGCUGCUUAUGAGCCAAGCCCCAGCAAAUUGGCCCAGUCAACGACGUACGAUGAUGUCGAAGAUGAAGAGGAGCAUGCUGCAGACGAUUCACCCAGCAAGCCUCGCUCCAGAAUCACCCGUAUCAAUGACGUGGUAGAUGAGACUUCUGGGCGCGAGGGCUCUAUGCUCUCCAUAGAAGGCACUGGCAAAAAACGCAAGCGCUUGGAGUCCGGCGACGAGCUGGGCACCGAAAUCGACGACGAUGACUUACCGUCACAGAAACGUCGCGGCUCAGUGAAGAGUGAUCUGAGCGAUCCACCCCCAGACGAUAUCGCUCUAAGCCCCGAACCAAUGGAAGACCUUUCUAAAGCCAUUGAAGAGGAUACACCGGCGGAUGAGACGCCCGAGUUAACCUCGCAUGCAGUCCCCACGAAAGGUAAAAGGGCAAAGAAGGGCAAGCGGAAAGGACGGAAAGUUAGAGAUGCAGAUGACGAUAUGGAUAACGGCAUCGGUGACAUGGGCGCCGAAGUCGAUGACAAUCUUGCGGAAGACGACACUGCUGAGCGCGGUGAGGAUGUGGACGAUAGUGAAGCUGCUGCUAAAAUUGAAGAAGAGUCAGCGAAACGAAUGGCUGCCAUGGAUUCAUUAGCCGUAUUAGAAAGAGAAUUCGCAACGUUGCGUGACAAAAUAUACGACGAGAGAAUCUCCAAACUGAAUCGGGAACUAGAAAUGUUGAAUGGUCCGAAUCCCACGCACCCUGAAUUUUUGCGGCAGCUCGACUGCCUCGCCCGCUACAGAGACUCCAAGAUUAAAUAUGAGCACACGCUGUUCCAGUACCGAAUACAGGCUUUGCUGAACAAGAGCUUGGCUGAACGGGCGCAAGCACACAGUACAUAUUUCCAGCGAGCUCGGGAUAUUCGCGAGAAACAUUCUAGUACGAUCAGCAAACAAUUCUACUCUAUACAGCAUGAUCGAUUCAAGACGGACGACGUCAGUCCACAGCAUUAUAUUCCUUUCCCGACGCGUCGCUCACAACAAAUUGCGCAUCAAACAGCGUAUAAUCAAGAAGUUUCGAUUAUGGCCGGAGUCGCAAAAUACGUUGGCUUCCCUGCGGCGCCUUCGCUGUCUGCGGCGCGACCUUCCGAGCUGGAAGACGACCUGGAGAAAAUGGGCAUAUCCAUCGAAACAAAACCCCCACUUACUCAACAGCAGCCUACUUUACCCCGGGGAACUAUGCCAGCCAUGUCAUCGAGCGUCUUCCGCACACCAGCAGAGGAGGCCUUCUUGGAGCAGACACCAUGGGCCAACCCGCAACAUCCCGUCCAUCAACACCAACAAUUUUCACAAAGACCCCAGAACCGAAUUUACGAGAAUCCCCGGGCCCCUACAUACACUACCCCUGCUGCUCAAAAACGAGUGGUUGAUAUCCACGCACCCAACGGCUCAGCCUCUACCAUCGCGGAAAAUUCAUCAGCCAAUAACACCCCGUUCGAUCAAGAACAAGCUCCUCCCAAUCUUGGCCAUUUCGUCAACCCCGAUUAUGAUGCCGACCGGAGGUCUGGAUUUCGGUCUCUAAGCUCCUCCCCGCUUGACGUGCGAAAACCACAUCCCGCCUCCUACAGCGCUUUUGACCACCGCUCCCCUCAAGGCACCUCUCAGCAUGCUGCUUACUCUCCUCCGUCGGCCCGCCUGGGCCUUUUUCAAUCGGCCUCGUCCAAACGAGAGCCAUCUCCUUCGCUCUCCUCUCGGCCUGUCAACUCCUUACAUCAAUCGGCUGGCAUCCUAGGCGGCCCUGGCUCCAAUCAGAUGGCCGCUCGAUAG